GAAUUUUAACUGCCAAAGAGUACCAGAAGCCAGCGCUUCAAAUUCUCCGGAUGAUUGGCCAGCAGGUUACUCAAUUGAAUUAGAUUUUCCUUUCGUCCAAGUAACCGAGACCAAAUUUACUGACAUUCCUGCAAUUUCGAAAAGCUUGAAUGGUGCAUCCGUGGUUGAGAUCAAUGAGACAUCGAAGGGUGAUCUUUUUAUUUCGCUCCCAUCAGGGGAGGCAGUGGUCGAAUGCCGACCUCAGUUUGAUAGAAUACAAAAUUUCCCUGGCAGAGGAAUGAUCAUAACUGAACUUGCUCCACACGAUUCUGGCUUUGAUUUCUAUAGCCAUUUCUUCUGCCCAAAGUUGGGAGUCAAUGAG